GCCUGCCAAUCGCCGUCCGUGUUGUCGCGGCCGGACGCCAUUGCUGCUGUCAGAGAGGCGAAGCUCCGGUCAGUGUGUGGUGAGGGAGAGACGGGCGGCGGGAGAGUCCGGGAGCCGAGUGCCACAGCGAGUCCCCCGGGGACGCGGGCCGAGCACAGGUCCCAGCGCAAGGCCCGGAUCCGGCGGCACGGAGGGAGGACGCUGGCAGAUUAGGCCCCCGAGGCCUCCCACUGUGACACUGGGCGGUCUCCCCCGAGCCCCUGGCUGCUGUGUGUCUCCCGCCUGCGCUGACAGCGAGGAGCGCUCCCCCUGUGUGCCCCGUCUGGAGCGGCUGCGGCGAGGACGCCGUGCACGGAGCCGGUGGGUUGGGCCUGGGGUGAGGGCGGCACCGGGGCCCCUGGCUACUCCGCGGAGCCCGCUGUAGCCCUCCUGGCACCGUGCUGGCAUUACAUUCCCUGACAGGCAGGGGGAGGCCGCCUCCUCCUCUUCCUCCCCUCUCCCCCGGCCUCAGCCGCCCCUCCCCCACACGGGUGACUCAUUUCUCCGCGCCGGAUUAACAGGACGGUCCCGGGUAUCCGAGCUGCUGUCUCCCCGCCGCCGCCUCCUUCGGCCCUGCCCAGGACAUGGUCACAUCUACCCGGCAGCAGUGAGUGACUCGCACCUGCACGAAGAAUCGGCCUGGGCUGCCCCUUCCGCAUCGCAUCCCGAGUUUCAGGUCUCAGACAUGCCCAGCACUGGCAGCCAGGCACCCGGAGGAUCAUGACUGCUGCGACGAACUGGGCAGCCAACGGGGCGAGCCUGGAGGAUUGUCACUCUAACCUCUUCUCCCUGGCUGAAUUAACUGGCAUCAAAUGGCGUCGCUACAAGUUCCAGGGCCAUGGCGACUGCAGCCCAAUCAUCUCUGCUCCAGCACAAGACGACCCCAUUCUCCUGAGCUUCAUCCGCUGUUUGCAAGCCAAUCUGCUAUGUGUGUGGAGACGGGAGGUCAUGCCUGACUGCAAAGAGUUGUGGGUUUUCUGGUGGGGUGAUGAACCAAAUCUUGGCGACGUCAUACACCAUGAGCUGACCAUGCAGGAAGAGGGUCUGUGGGAAAACGGCCUGUCAUACGAGUGUCGAACACUACUCUUCAAGGCCAUUCACAACCUCCUGGAAAGGUGUUUGCUGGAUAAAAGUUUUGUGCGAAUUGGAAAAUGGUUUGUGAAGCCCUGUGAGAGGGAGGAGAAAUCAUUGUCAAAGAGUGAGAACCUUUCCUGUUCCUUUACCUUUUUCCUCCAUGGGGAAAGCAGUGUUUGCACAAGUGUGGAGAUCGCUCAGCAUCAGCCAGUGUAUCUCAUUAACCAGCAACAUCUUCACCUGGCUCAGACCUCCCACACACCCUGCCAAGUUAUUCUCAGCCCAUACGGAUUAAGUGGCACACUUACUGGCCAUGCCUACAAAACCUCUGAUCCCACCACUCGUAAGUUACUAGAGGAAUGGCGUCCCUUUUACCCAACCGUGUUGUCGGCUAGGAAGGAAGCACGAGAGGAUCAGGAAACGCUUUAUGAUGAUGAUUUUCCUGCAGCAGUGGAAGUAAUCGUGGGUGGUGUUCGAAUGGUGUACCCCUCCGCUUUUGUACUCAUAGCUCAUAGUGACCUGCCUGUUCCACCCAGCACUGCCAACACUGGGCAGAGUGGCACAAGCGCACAGCAGAACACAGCUGUUACUAAAGACCCGAGCCCAUGUAGGAUGCCGCUAACACCACCCACUUCACCAGAUCAGGCUACUCCUGGAGAUAUUAGAUCUAUGUCCGCAAAUGGCAACAGCCAGACUGUAGGGGACAGCGUCAACCAUUCCAGGCACAGUCCAAAGCGUGGAGGAACAACUUAUUUGAAAAUGCGAAGUCAAAUGGCGCAACGGUCUUGGAGAGAAUGCAUCUUAAGCAGAAGCCAAUCAAAGUUAACUGCCCCCAACCAGCAAGAAGAGGAAGCACCAGUGACCAGAACUCCUUGGGACUUUGUGGUUCCCACCCAGAGAGUCAGCUGUUCGUGCUCCAGACACAAAUUGUCCAAGCAACGUGGUGCACAGAGUGCAACUCGCCCUCCGUUAGUUUCCCAGGCAUGUGUGGGAGGAAACACCUCAUCCAGCAACUGUUCCCUUCCGCCUUCUGCAUCUUCCAAGCACAAACCUAAUGAUCGCCAGGAAAAGGCAGAAAAGUUGCAGAAAAAGGCCACUACGCCAUUUCACCUCCGCCCCUCUCCCACCCAGAGUGAGCAGUGUUUGACGCAGGAACACACCGCUCAGCAACGCCAGGGAAUAGAGCCUGCUACUGGACCAACAGCAAACAGGCAAUUUUCAAGCAUACCGCCUACAGGGGAACUAGAUCAGCUUUUACCACUACCUACCGCAGACUCCCCACAUUCACCUGCUUCUCCUAUGCCUCCUACCCUUAGUCCACAGCCACCACAGCAAGAAGUUGAACUUCCUGAUCAAGAGGUGGCUGUCUCAAGUCUUUAUCCUAAUGGCUUAGAAAUGCAACCACUUGAUGACAGGACGAUAAUGGUGGCCAGCCUUGGCUUGCCUAUGAUGACCGAAAUGAGUGAAACGAGUUUGUACUGUGCUGGGCUUCCACAGAGCUGUCUAACAGGGGACAGCUGGCAUGGUUACAGGCUCCCAGCAGUAUGCGACCAAGACUUUUGUCCACCAGAAAUUCAUAAAGAGUGGUAUGAGACCAAUCAAGAUGUGGGACCUGAGAGUACUGCUCUUAAAAGGCUUCUAUCUCAGCCCAAUAAACGCUUUAAAGUCUUGGACGAGAAGCGACACGUUGUAUCUGCGGACCAGCUUCCUCUGCAUCCAUGUGAAGGUUAUGGUGACUCCUCAGAUCCUUACACAUUUGAGGAUGGCGACAUCAAGUACAGUUUCACUACCACAAGCAAGAAAUGUAAGAUGGUAGCAGAACAGGACCUUUCUCUGAAACAAAAGGUUGAUGAGGAAUUUGACAAAGAUGCAUCACCUACAGAACACCCUGCACCAGUGCCUGAUGGGAAAGACGCUAUGUCCAUCUUCAGUCCCACAUCUAAGUCAGACCCACGUCAGGAACGCGUAGUGGCAGCUAGCCUCACACAGGUCACUGACCUGGCUCCCUCUCUUAAUGAUCUGGACAACAUAUUUGAUAAUUCUGAAGAUGAGGAUCUGGCUGGUUCACCAGGUACUCGAGCAAUGAAGGUGCCUCUAGGAGGGUCAGAAGAUCGACACAUGGGUAAAGAUGGAAGAGCAACUGUUCCAUAUCUACCAACAACAGCUGACCUGCAGAGGAUGUUUCCCACCCCACCGUCACUAGAGCAACAUCCUGCCUUCUCUCCUAUCAUGAUGUACAAGGAUAGCGUAGGCUCAGAUACUGCAACAGCUCUUGGCAUGAUGGAAAGUCCAAUGGUUAAUUUCACCUCCAUGCAACAUGUAGAGUUUAAGAUGGAAGUUGAAGAAGGCCUGUGCAGUCCCAAGCCUGAGGAAAUCAAGGAUUUUUCCUAUGUGUAUAAAGUCCAUUCCUACCAACCCUUUCUGGGUACCUCCAUGUUUGCACCACUUAAGUCUUUGCCGAGCCAGUGCCUGCUGUCCUUAAAAAUACCAGAUGCCUGCAUAUAUCGUCCCUCCUGGGCUGCUCCCCCAAAGAUACAGCACCUUCCUUUGCCACCUGCUGCUGCUUUUAACAGAGAUGGCUACUUUCCUCUUUUUAGGAAUGUGCCAAGUGAGGGGAGUUUGACAGACCAAGAUUACCUGCAGCUAAACACUCCACAGACCAACACACCACUUGCCCCAUGCAGUACAGCUCCUGCCAGCAAUGGUGGAACUGGUGGAGUCUUACCUUCCCCAGCUACUCCCCGUUUUUCAGUUCCUACUCCCCGCACACCAAGAACUCCUAGAACUCCAAAGGGUGCUGGAGGAGCCAGUGGCCAAGGCUCAGUGAAGUAUGACAGCACAGACUUAUGUUCGCCAGCUUCUACACCAUCUACAACAAGGCCUUUGAGUUCUGUUGAACCAGCCAGCACUCACCCAGCUCCUGAGGCCCACAGUUUAUAUGUUACCUUACUUCUGUCUGACUCUGUUCUCAACAUCUUCAAGGACAGGAACUUUGAUAGUUGUUGCAUAUGUGCCUGUAAUCUGAACAUAAAGGGAUCUGAUGUUGGAAUCUAUAUCCCAGACUCCUCGAAUGAAGACCAGUACCGCUGCACGUGUGGCUUCAGUGCUAUUGUCAACCGGCGACUUGGUUACCACUCUGGCCUCUUUAUAGAGGAUGAGAUGGAUAUCUUUGGCAGAUCUUCCUAUAUAGGUCAGGCAGUUGAAAGAAGAUUAAACAUGAGAGAAGCAGCACGUAGGAGCCAAGAACCCCCUCCACCUGGUCUACUGUUGCUUCUGCAGAGUCAAUGCACUAGACCGUUCACAAACAUUGGAGGAACCUGGGACCUAUCAAGUAACAAGGGAGAGAAUCAUCUUGAAGGAUCCAACUUCAGCUAUGACAAAGUGAAAGUAGAGAGUUCAGAUGCUUGGCCGGAAUGCUUGAAUGCACUGGAGCAGGGAAGGCAAUAUGUGGACAAUCCUACAGGGGGAAGAGUUGAUGAAAGUUUGGUCAGAAGUGCUACCUUCCACCUUUGGCCACACAGCAAUGUGCUUGAUGUGAGCAUGCUCCCCUCUCAGGAUGUGGUGCGUAUGUUGCUCUCUCUCCAGCCAUUCCUGCAGGAUGCCAUCCAAAAGAAAAGGACGGGCCGAACCUGGGAAAACAUUCAGCAUGUGCAGGGUCCUCUCACAUGGCAGCAGUUUCACAAGAUGGCAGGCCGUGGAUCCUAUGGAUCUGAAGAAUCUCCAGAACCUCUGCCUAUACCAAACCUCUUGGUGGGUUAUGACAAGGACUUCCUUACCAUAGCCCCUUUCUCUCUUCCUUUCUGGGAGCGUUUGCUUCUAGAGCCUUAUGGUGGACAGCGAGAUGUGGGAUAUUUGGUCUUGUGUCCAGAAAAUCCAGCACUGUUAGAUGGAGCAAAGGCUUUCUUCAGUGAUUUGAGUGCAGUAUAUGAGAUGUUGCGCCUUGGCCAGCACAGGCCGAUUUGUAAAGUGCUGUGCGAUGGAAUUAUGAAAGUUGGCUGUUCAGCAACUGAAGUAUCAACAGAGGAGACACCCAGUGAGGACAUGGACAACCAUGCUCGGCUGCGGAUGUACGCUCAAACCUGUCGGCAACAUUUAGCUCCUUAUCUGUCCUCACUACAGCUGGACAGCAGCCUCUUGUUACCUCCUAAAAGCCAAUCCAGCAGUGCGCAAAGCACACAAAGUUCUGCUACACCAACCUGUCCAUCCAACCUUCCUUUCAACUCCACUCCUAAUUGCACUGGUACUGCCCCUCUUGCACAACAGUCAUCCUUAUCCUCUACAGUGCCUGCUGGGAAUAGUUCUGCUCCUGUGGGAUUCAGUACCUGUCCAUCACAGAAUUCUUCCACUCCAGGUGAACGUUCAUCAGUAAGCCAACCUGCUGUGGAGGUGGAGUCAAACCAGCCGUCCACACAAGUUGAAACUCCAGAAAAUACAACAGAGAGAGAGAAGAUUGGCAUCCCAACAGCAGCUGAGCCAGCUGGAGGCCUCACAUUAUCUCCCACUGUUGUAAUCUACAUGGUGGAUCCUUUUACGUAUACAGAUGAAGAGUCUCACACAGGGAAUUUCUGGCUUCUUGGACUAAUACGGUGUUUUACAGACAUACUGGAGAUCCUGCCAGAACAACUUCGAGCUGCAUGCAUCCUGCAGGUGGUCCCAUGCCGGUAUCUACUGCAGACGGUGAAUGAUGAAACAGUCUCCUAUAUACAGCACUUAAAAUCUCUAGCUUUCUCUAUAUACUGCCAGUGCCAACGGCCAGUAGCCUCACAAAUACCUAUUAAGCCUCUCACUGGCUUUGGCCCAGCAGCAGCUUUUAAUGCGAUACUGAGGAACUCAGAACAUCCAGCCCGCGGGCACCUAUACUCCCCACCAUUUCUGCUAGCCCCCACUAGGGACAAGCAGACAGAGCUUGGAGAAACUUUUGGUGAAGCCGGCCAGAAAUACAAUGUGCUCUUUGUGGGCUACUGCCUUUCUCAUGACCAACGCUGGCUACUGGCUUGCUGCACUGAUUUACAGGGAGAGUUACUGGAGACCUGUGUCGUGAAUAUCCACGUGCCUAACAGGUUUCGAAGGAGCAAGGUUUCAGCAAGAAAAAUUGGAUUGCAGAAGUUAUGGGAGUGGUGUGUAGGCAUAAUGCAGAUGACAUCAUUGCCUUGGAGAGUAGUGAUUGGGCGCCUAGGGAGACUGGGUCAUGGUGAAUUGAAAGAUUGGAGUAUUUUACUCGGCGAGUGCUCCCUACAGAACAUUAGUCGUCAGCUAAAGGAAGCAUGCAGAAUGUGUGGCAUCUCCGCUGUUGACGCACCAUCUAUUCUUAGUGCCUGUCUUGUAGCCAUGGAGCCACAGGGAUCCUUUAAUGUGAUGCCAGAUGCUGUUACUAUGGGAUCUGUGUUUGGCCGCAGCACAGCUUUGAAUCUUCAAACCUCUCAGCUCAGCACACCGCAAGAUGCCUCUUGCACCCACAUCUUGGUAUUUCCUACUUCAGCCACCAUCCAGGUCGCUCCUGCUAAUUAUCCCAUUGAGGAUGGUUUCAACAAUGAUGAUAUGUUUGAUUUACCAUUUCCGGAUAUGCCUGAUAUGGAUAAUGAUAUAGGAAUAUUAAUUCAAGGGAACCUUCACUCGCCACCAAAUUCCUCUCCAGGAUCACCGACAGGCAUUGGAGGAGGGUCGCACUUCCAGCAUAGUCGGAGCCAAGGUGAAAGGCUCCUCUCCCGGGAAGCACCAGAAGAACUGAAGCAGCAGCCCUUGGCCCUGGGUUACUAUGUCUCCACAGCCAAAGCAGAAAACCUGCCCGAGUGGUUCUGGUCAUCAUGUCCGCAGGCUCAAAAUCAGUGUCCCCUAUUUCUAAAGGCUUCUCUGCAUCAUCACAUUUCUGUAUCUCAGAAUGAUGACCUCAUUCCUGCGCGCACCUCUCAGCGUGUGCCUCAUCCUUUGGAUUCCAAAACCACAUCAGAUGUAUUAAGGUUUGUGCUUGAGCAGUACAAUGCCCUUUCAUGGUUGACCUGUAACCCGGCUACUCAGGACCGAACGUCAUGCCUACCUGUUCACUUUACGGUGCUCACACAGAUGUACAACAUGGUCAUGGGCAUUCUCUGAAUAUUUUCGUCCCGCCUUGAUUAAGGCCAUCUAAAAAACUCUGGCCGACAUUCACAAAGCCCUAUGAUUACCGUGUUCUAAGCCUGCUGUUGGAGCUGUGGCAGCACCAAGACAGUGAAAUGCUAUUCGAAUUCAACCGAGUAAAUGCUUUUCACCUGGAACACUUGUAUCUGUGCAUCACACAAUUUACACUAAAUAUAGCAUUGCCCUCACAGUUCUUCUGGCAGUAGCACAUGCUUCAAUCUACAUGAGCAAGACAAGUGGUGUUGGUGACUGCAGAUUGCUGAGGAGAUGCAGCUUUGAAUUGAUGUUGAUAGUACAGGGGUUAGGCAAUCCAUUAAUAUGUCACUGCACUCUGCAUCUUAGGUAAGCAACUGCACAGAGAUGUAUUGAAUUAUAGGCAAAUAAACAGUACACAGACCUAUCCAGUCAGUAUACUCAAGAUGCACUGAAGAUGGAAAGCACCUUGUUUAACCUAUACGUUUAUUGUAUCUGCUUCUCAAUGUAUACCUUUGCUACCAAACCUGCAUACUUGGUACCAGCUCUUCCAGGCAGACACAAACAGUGUUAGUGUGAUUUUAGACAUAAAAGAUUCCACAUCAAUGAGAUCUGCUGAAUUCAUAAAAUGCAGUAGUUCCAUGAUAGUAUGACAGUAAGAAAUGUUGUUGUUUUUUGUGUGCCAAACAUAACAGUAUUCUUUCUAUAAUUCAGUAUAUCAUUCUAUUAUAUGUUUGGUAACUAAGGCUAAAGACGCAGGUAGAUUUGUGAUCAGUGAUGAGAGUGUGUCGGAGGCUUAUUUUUCUUUUUCAUAUGCCUCUGUUUUUCCAGAAUGAGGAAAUAACUUUGCUGUGAUCAUCCAUGUCAGUGGGACAGUAUAACGCAUUGAAAGCUACCUACUUUGAAACGAUGUGUUACGGUUCCUCGGUUAGUGUUUCGUUCAUGUUUGCACUGGCUUCCAUGCUAAUUAAUAAUCUGUUUGAGGCUUUUUGACAGUCUAUUGCUGCCAACAAUGUUCCUGUAUUACAUUGCCCUAAAGGAGAGUUAUGGGUGUUACUUGAAGGGGAAUUAUUAAAGUUGAUCUGCAACCAAAACAUUAUAACGUACUAAUGUUAGUACAUUUAUAUCUAAAAAGUGGCAUCCACUAUGGACCGUGUGAAAGUUUUGUAUAGAAAUAUAUAGACAAUUGAUUUUUAGGAUUUGCAUGUGUUUUAUGUGUGAAGUACACAAUAUUACAUUUUAUUUCAGGUUAUCAAUCUAUGGAGGACUUAUUUUUUUUUAUUGGAUAUAUAAUAUUAAAAUGCUUUUUUAAGGAUAUUCAUUUUAGCAACAAUCUUCCUUCUAGUAUUUGUUUGGAGUCUCCCAUGUUGCGUACUUUUGGCACAUGAUUGGUCAUAGGGAAAGUAUCAUCAAUACACACACACACCAUAUAUAUGAUAAACAUUUUGUUGCUCUAAAAAUGUUUUGCUAUAAUUUCUUUUCUCUAGGAGUUUCUUAGUGUAGGUUUUUAACUAGUAAAUAGACACUUGAGACCUGUCUCCAUUAGAACAGUAUAAGAAUCAAACCAAUAAGCAGUAAAUUCAUGAUUUUUCAUGUACCUAAAUGCCUGGAAGGAGAGUGCUUAGAGUUAUUUGCCAAAACUAUAGUUCCAGCUGACAAAAACGAGUGGUAUCCUAACAGAACUGGAAGCGACAUCUGCUAAUUGCAGUGGAAGGCUAAACAGAGAAGCAGAUGCAAUAAAUGGAAUCUGAUGGUUUCACAUACUCAUAAUCCUUUCUUCAUAUUACUGAGCUCACUGGCAAUCCAAUACAAAGCAUGAACCGUACAGGCAGCUCUUUUCCCAAAUCCUUAUAUCCUGUAUAGAUAUUUAUGUAUGUUUGUUUUUUUUUUCAUUGUCAUUUACUAUUUAAAGAAAGCUAUGAAUGAUGAGGUAUGUCCUGGGCAGAUUUGGCAAGAUGCAAUGGCUAUUUUAUUUAAACUAUGACACACGACAAGCUUAGGACAUCACUUGCACAACAACAGCAGACACCCAUACUACUUUUGCAUAGAAAUGUUGUGCUAGAUUUCAAAAGAAAAUCACAUUUAUGUAACAUUUUCACCAGAUAUGGGAGGAAAAAAAAUUCUGAUCUGUGACUAAAGGAUAAUGUAUUUGUAUAUAGAAAUAUAUAUCAGUCUUUUUAAAAAAGAAAAAAAAAUGUAAAAGUUGUACAUUUCGCAAUGAACCUAAUUUUUUAAAGCAUUUACUGGCUGUGUUUUUUCCAUUUUAUAUAUAAAAUAUAUAAAUAUAUAAAUAUAUACACACAUUUACAAAUAUCUAUAAAUAGCCGUAAAAAAACAAAAACCUGAAAAUGGGAAAUUAAACCCCGACAGAAAUACAUAAAAGGAGAAAACUUUUUUGGAAUUCCAAAAGAAAUUUUAAUCCCACCUCUGGUACCUCACACUCAGAAAAAUAAGACUUUGAUAAUAAAAAAUAAAAUAAAUAAAAAGAUAAAAGUUAAAGAUUCUUCAAUAUAAAUGUGCUUCAUAUAUACCUUGUGAACAAAAGGUCUAUACUUUUACACACUUUUUUUAGAUGAAUAAAUUAUUGAUUUAUUGA